AAACGAUUCCUUCAAACCCUUAUAAAUGUAGUCCUCUACAAGCCUCAAAAACGUUAUCCUUUUCAUCAAAUCUUCAUUCUGUACCCUUUGAUUUAUUGGGUACCCACCGUACCUAGAUUACUGUUUUCUCUCUCAAAGCCUCUCACUUUCUCUCUCUAUUCUACUGAGUCUUUGUUUUUCUUAGAUACAUGCGUACACGCAUCAUAUAUGUGUGCGUGUGAAAUUCAUGUUCCGAGAUUUGUUUUUUGGGCGAAGUUUCAUGUUUUUGGUUGGGUUUUAGAUUGUUAACAGUUUUCAAUCUAUUGAAAUCCUUUUUGUUCAUUUUUUUUUUUCCUUUAUCUGGGAUUAGUAUUUCCAAUGUUUUUAGAUUGUCAUCUGCCAAGCAAAACUCUUGGAUCCCGAUCCCUAUGACUUACACAACCCUUUUGCGCAUUUGUCUUCUUCAAUCUUUCUCUGUUGUGUUUCUUCACUGGUUCUACAUCUUUUCAUGAACCCACUUCUAUAAACUCAAGUUUUGAUUUAUAUCCCUAAAAACCCAAUUCACAUUCUUCCCCAAAAAUCCUCCUGUUCUUGCAUACCCAUCAAUCGAAUUGAAAAGAAAAAAAAUAUUUCUUUUGUGUGUGUAUACACACACCGCUGAUUAUAUAAUUUGCAAGGAAGAAGAAAACAAUGUCGGCUCUGCAACAGGUUAGCAGUAGCUCUACAUUGGAAGUGGACCAAAAAAUUGCAGUGUUAGAUGAGAGGAAGAGGAAAAGGAUGAUAUCGAACAGAGAGUCGGCGAGGCGGUCGAGGAUAAGGAAGCAGAAACUGGUGGAGGAUUUGACAAAUGAAGCAAGGUUGAUUCAGGAUGCUAACAAAGGGAUUGUGGGUAAAAUUGAUAAAGCCACAGAGAUGUGUGUGAUGUAUGCUGCAGAGAACAAUGUGUUGAGGGCUCAAGUCAUGGAAUUGACUGAGAGGUUGAGGGGUUUGAAUGAUGUAAUACAAUGGAGUGGGUUGGAUGUGGCUGAGGACAUUCCUGAUCCUCUGCUAAAGCCGUGGCAGAUUCUGAGCUCAUCGCAGCCUAUCAUGGCUUCUUCGGACUUCUUGCAUCAGUUUUGAGUAAAACAACUGUCUUUGGCAAUUGGGUUGGCUUUUCUUGCUUUUGUUAGCCAUGUGACUCUUAUUAAAUUUGCUUUCAUUUUCUGUUCUCUGUAUGAAUUUAGUAUGUUGGGUUAGGUUGUAUGAAGUAGGGGCCAUGAUUGUUUGAAGCUCUUUGAUAAUGAAAAAUUAAUAGAUCUUAGUGUCUGUUUUGAUGAUUAAA